AUGGCGAAGAACGACCGAGCUCGCAGGUGGUACCAAAUUCGCUGGUUUUCGUCGGAAGACACCAAAGAGGAACGGAAGCUUAUUGUCAAACUUGACUUAUUGAUCGUUCCUUAUGUGUGUCUUGCUUAUUGGGUCAAGUAUAUUGACCAGGCAAACAUCAACAAUGCCUACGUGGCAGGCCUCAAGGAACAUCUCGGCUUCAAUAGGAAUCAGUUGGUUCAACUUCAAACAAUGUACAUUUUGGGGGCUGUCCUGGGACAGAUUCCGUUCAUGUUUCUCUUCACCAGAGUUCCCAUGUUCUGGCUCAUAUCCUUCCUUGACGUGGCAUGGGGGAUCUUCACAUUGUUGCAAUAUCGAACCCAAGCCGUUCACUACAUUUUCGGUUCUUGGUAUCGCGGAGACGAAAUCGCUCGUCGCGGAGGCUUCUUCUACGUUGGACUGACGCUUGGAACUUUGACGGCGGCAUUGAUUCAGUCUGCCGCGUCUGAACAACUGGAUGACGUGAAUGGCCUUGCUGGAUGGCGUUGGAUGUAUAUCAUCUGUGCCAUCAUCACAAUCCCGAUUGGCCUGAUAGGAUACUUCUUGCUUCCCGGAACUCCGGAUAUGCCAAACCGGUUGCUUCUGAAGGAUCACGAGGUCCAACUGGCGAAAGAGCGACUACAUCGUGCUGGACAUGCCACAUCCGGAAAGUUUACUCCCCGGACGCUGAAGAAGGUAGCAACAAACUGGCGUGUCUGGGCUUUUAUAUUGCUGGACAUUUUCUUCUGGGACGGCAGCAUCAAUACAUCCACUGGAGGAUACCUAUUGUGGCUCAAGAGUCUGGAGCGAUACUCAGCAGGUCGCCUCAACCAGUUGGGAUCUAUCUCCCCUGCUUUAGGAAUCUUCUAUGUCCUUUUCAUCUGUUUUUUGUCUGAUCUUCUCUGGGGCCCUGCGUGGGCAAUAACAGCCGCUCAUAUCUGGAACAGCAUCGGUCUGAUCAUACUCAUCAUAUGGUUUGUUCCUGAAUCGGCGAUAUGGUUCGCCUUCAUGACGACAUACUCGGCUGUUGCCAUGUCAAGUGUGCUCUAUGGCUGGGUCAAUAGCCAAUUGCGAUAUUCUCCUGCCGAACGAUACUUUACCCUGGUUCUCAUCAACACCGUGGCACAGUCGACGACGGCGUGGACUCCGCUGCUGGUCUUCAAGACGGUCGAAGCACCAAGAUUUACCAAGGGAUAUCCAUUCGUUCUUGCCAAUGCUGUUUGCUUGAUCAUUUUAUCACACCUGAUUUCCUGGUACAAUAAGCGACAAGAGUAUGGUGGUUCUGCAUCGAUUUCCUUUGAACGCCAGCUAAUGAGCUCCAGGAGUCUGGUGGAACGAACUGAGGAGGGCUACUGCCAAAGUAACGCCUCUAACGAUUCUCCUCAACCGGCCCAGGAAGUGAAGGCCCUACAUCCCUGA